GCAGCACAUCGCCGCUGCCUCUUCCUCGCGCAAUCAAUUCUUCGCUCGCAUCGACGCCCUGAUCGCGCGGUCGCAAUUGCGUCGUGCCUACAGCCCCCGCCUCGCACCUCUGCAUUCCCUUCGCCUCGGCCAACCGACUGUGUUAACGCGACCAUGAGCGAUCUUUCGAAUGCGCCGUCCGAGGACGACGACUUUCCAGGCAGCGCGCCCGCCGCAGAAGAAGAGGCUGCCGCAACGCCUGCGGACGUCGAAGACGACGACCUGGAUGGCGAUCUCUUCGGCGACGACGACGACGCGGACCAGCCCGAGCAGCGCAAGCUCGACGAUGAAGACCUCGACUCGGGCGACGACGAGGGACGCAACGACCGCGCGGAGAGGGACACGCCCGACGUCGAGACGCAGAACCAGAACUUCACGUUCGAGGACGCCGAAAUCGCGCGUCACCCCGUGCCCGAGCCCAGCGACGGCGAGCUCUAUCUCCUCAAGAUCCCGACCUUCAUGUCCAUCGACCCUACCGCCUUCUCCCACAAGACGUUCCAGCCGCCGACAACCGACCACCACUCGAAUAAGCCCGCCUCGGACCAUUUCUCCGCCUUCAACACUGCCAUGACUACCAUCCGAUGGCGCCGCUCGCCAUCGGACCCCUCAAAGCUACAAUCCAACGCACGCAUAUUGCGGUGGUCCGAUGGCUCGCUCACGCUGCAGCAUGCCAACGACCCGGUCAAUCACUACGAGAUCAGUGCGCAGAUGCUUGCGCCCCCUCAGGCGAACCCUGUAGUGCCCACGCCUACCAUGCUCAAAGGCAGGCGGAGAGACGAGCACAACAAGGAGAGCUACACGUACCUCGUGGCGCCUUGCGAAGGCCCCAACGUCUUGCGCGUAACGAACAAGCUCACCACCUUUUUGUCUGUGGCCCCAACAUCCAACACAAAAGACCAAGCGUUGGAGAAACUGCAGAACGACCUUGCAGCCGCUGCGUCCCGAGGCCGCGAUGACGCCAACCAAGCCAUCUCCUUCAUCGACGUAAACGAAGAUCCUGAGCUUCGUCGACAACGUGAAGAGGUGCAAUACAAAGAGAAAUUGAAGCAGCAAAAAGCGCGCGAGAAGCAUGCCAUCAGAGAGCAGGAGCGGAGUAAUCGCGUACUGGGCAAGCCUAGGGGCGGCUACGGUCUUGAUGCCGACAUGCUCGAAGGCGGUGAGGGCCGAAGGAAAGGCGGAGCCAAGAAGCCGCGGACGCAGGCUCGUCGUGGACACCAAGACUGGAGCGACGAUGAAGACGACGCUUAUGCUCGACGUGGAGGCAACAAAGAAGACGAGUACGAUGAGUCGGACGACUUCAUCGCCGACAGCGACGAGGAGCCUGAAGUCGUCGACGACGACGACGAUGACGACGAUGGCAUUAUUGAAGAGCCACGGAGCCGGAAAUCAGGAAGCCCGAAGCGGGGUAGAGGCAAUGAUGACGACGAAGACGAGGAUGUGGUCGCUCGGUCGAAGAAGAGAAGGGUGGUUGUGGACGACGACGAGGAUGACGAGUAAAAUAUUGCAGGGCAUCGCGGCAGAGAACCGAUGCUUCCUCUGCUAUAACUGUUUAUGGACAUGGCCGUACAGCAGCGAUGCCUCAAAGGACACUGCGCCUGGCCAGCGGGAAGAUGUCUUUGCGCGCAAGUACCAAAUGUAUCAUCAUUUUGUGGGUUCAUUUACUACUUUGCAUAGCCUGGAGUUUGGCUACUUUGCAUCGGAUACUAAGUCAUCUCAACAACCCUAGAUCACCUAUCAAGCUUUUCGUUACUAUACGUCUUUGCAGGAGUGCCAGAGUCGUCUACCAAAAGGUCUCUCCAAUCAUCUGUGACGCAAUCAAUGGGCU